AUAUUAUAAAAAAAAUAAAAAAUAAAUAAAAUAUUGGUAAUUUAACUCUAGCUAACUCUUGGCUCUAUAAAUGAAGGAUUAAGGAGAUUGUGCAAGCAGAAAAGUAGCAAACCAUGGCGAUUGAAGGUCCUUUAUUCUUCUUCGCCGUCUUCUUCCUAGCCUUUGCCUUGGCAAGCACUACUGAAGCUGUGAAGCCGAGUCAUUAUUCAAUGCCAUUUAACAGAAGCAGUUUUCCGGCCGAUUUCGUAUUCGGAGCUGGUUCUUCAGCUUACCAGUGUGAAGGAGCAGCACUUCUUUAUGGAAGAGGACCGAGUAUAUGGGAUACUUUCACUAAAAAACAUCCAGAAAAAAUUUCAGACGGAAGCUCAGGGGUCAAAGCUGAUGAUUUUUAUCAUCGUUACAAAGAGGACAUUAAACUGAUGAAAAAGAUUGGUCUAAACACUUUCAGAUUCUCCAUUUCGUGGUCCAGAGUACUGCCUACUGGAAAAGUUAAAGAGGGAGUGAACCAACAAGGGGUUCGAUUCUAUAAUAAUCUAAUCAAUGAGCUCCUUUCGAAUGGAAUAAUACCCUUUGUGACACUCUUUCAUUGGGAUUUGCCACAAGCUCUUGAAGAUGAAUAUGGUGGAUUUCUAAGUGAGAAGAUUGUGGAAGAUUAUCGAGAAUAUGCAGAUUUUAUCUUCAAAACAUUUGGUGAUCUGGUCAAGCAUUGGGUCACUAUAAAUGAACCAAGUAUUUUUACAGUGUACGGAUACAAUGGAGGUAAUUUUGCACCUGGCAGAUGUUCAAACUACGUCGGAAAUUGUACCGCCGGAGAUUCUGCCAAAGAGCCCUACAUUGUUGGCCAUCAUUUACUUUUUGCUCAUGCAGCUACUGUGAAGUUGUACAGAGAAAAGUAUGAGGUAUCUCAAAAGGGAAGAAUUGGAAUUACAUUAGUGACGAGAUGGUUUGAACCCAAAUAUAAUACUGAUGCCAACCGCAAAGCAGUCUCUAGAGCCCUGGAAUUCAAUUUAGGAUGGUUUUUGCAUCCUAUUACAUAUGGCAACUAUCCCCCAACCAUGAGAUCCUUAUUGGGAAGUCGGCUGCCCAAGUUCACUAAGGCCCAAUCUAUCACUCUGAAAGGCUCGAUCGAUUUUCUUGGCAUGAAUUAUUACACUGCAAAUUAUGUUCAACACACAAAUUCCAAUCCAGUCAACCAUAGCUAUUUCACUGAUAUUCAAGCUACUAUUACAACCCACAAAGAUGGAGUCUCUAUUGGUGGACCGUUUGAAAUUGUAUCACAAACUGCUGUGAGUUGGCUUUUUGACUAUCCAAGAGGAAUUAGAGAGCUCAUGUUGUAUAUAAAGAAUAACUACAAGAAUCCGCCAGUUUAUAUUACUGAAAAUGGUUUUCCUGAGGCAAAUAAUAGCACACUGCCUGUGAAGGAGGCCCUCAAGGAUAGUAGAAGGAUAAAAUACCUCCAUGGCCAUCUCCUAUAUCUUUCAAAAUCCAUCAAGGAGGGUGUAAAUGUGAAAGGAUAUUAUGCAUGGGCAUUCCAUGACAAUUUUGAAUGGGCUUCUGGCUAUACUAUUCGGUUUGGCCUCACUUACAUAGACUUUAAAAACAAUUUGAAAAGAUACCUCAAGUACUCAGCUUAUUGGUUGAAAAUGUUCCUCCUCAACUGAAAUAACAUUUGUAAUAUUUGAUCCACCCGGCCUGCCCCGCCUCGUUUGUAAAAUGAAUAAGCGGAAUGUUUAAAUGUUUGAUAAUAUUUCUGCGGUAUUAUUAAUCUUUUAAUUAAGACGAUAUUUCUAUUUUAUAUUUUUAUGUAAGA